CACGAAGACGCACUUUUUAAUUGGCAUCACUGCAUAAUGUACAUAACUUAAAGAGCACAUUUUCUGCUCCCGGUUUAGAAAAAUCUAAAUUAAAGUUGUAAAUAUUAGUUGAUAAUUAAGAACAGAUUAUUGUAGUUAGCCCAACCGAUCAUUAUGGGGAACACAAUUGCAUCCGCCGAAGCAGCAGCCUCACAAAUUGUGUAUCCAAACACUUACAUUUACAAACCAGCGAUCUCGGACAGUAAGGAAUAUGGACGGUACAUUCACCACAGUUCAGGAUCAGAAUGCCCUGUUAAACACACGAAGAACUUCGGCAGUCAGUGCCCCAUUCAACAUUCAGAAGAAGAGAUAAAUCCGUUGAAUAUGAUGCCCCCCGCAAACCAAAGGCCAGCACCGGACCAACCGUUUCCGUUGCCUACAAAUCGUCAAGUGUCCACUAUUCCGAAAGCUAUCGUACAAGAAGGCGAGGAACCCUUCUGGGUGUACCCCAGCCCGCAAAUGUUUUGGAACGCUAUGUUAAGAAAAGGGUGGCGGUGGAAAGACGACCAGCUUAACCCAAAGGAUAUGGAUAAUAUCAUUAUGAUACACAAUGCGAAUAAUGAGCAGGCUUGGCAGGAGGUUUUAAAGUGGGAGGCGCUUCACUACAAGGAGUGUUGCGAGCCGAAGUUGAAAAGUUUCGGCGGUAAGGCGACCGAGUACAGUCCGAGAGCUCGAAUACGACAGCUGCUGGGGUACGAGUUACCUUUCGACAGGCACGACUGGAUUGUGGAUCGCUGUGGGAAGGAUGUGCGCUAUAUUAUUGACUAUUACGAUGGUGGGAAAUUGGAUGAUAAAUACCAGUUUGCUUUGCUCGAUGUUAGACCUGCUAUGGAUAGCUUUGAUAACAUUUGGGAUCGAAUGAAAGUUGCAUGGUGGCGGUGGAGAUACAGCCAAGAACCACAGUGAACAUUGCACUCACACCUUGCCGGAACUAGUCAACUCUCCACCUCACGCUGUUUGUAAUAGAUUUUGUGGAUAAUAAAGAAUUUACGUAAAAA